AUGGAGAAUGCAACAGCAGCUGAUGGGUUUGAGAAAAACAAGGUCUCAGAACCACGCCGCCGUCCCCCCGCCCCCGCCGUCACCACCGCCACUGCCACCGCCACCGUCACAAGAAUCGAAGAUGAAGUAGUAUUUGAAGAAAGGGUUGAUGUGGAGGCUGGUAGAGGUGUGAUCAAAUUUGGUGACACUGAAUCUUUUGUUCUUGAGAAAAAUUCUAGUGAUGAAGGAUUGGAUGUCACAGCAAAGAUCACUGACAUUCGGAAGAGUCUAAGCACUGUUAUCAACCAUCAAAAUGGAGAAAACAUUAGGGAUGAAAGUUUGCCUCGCAAUCUUUCAACUUUUGAUGAGUCAUAUAAAGAACGAAUCACACGCUUCAAACCUUCUGACAGUGAGAUAAUAGAACGUGCAAGUAUUGAUUUAAUAAAACAAACUGAUGAAGAAACAGAAUUUGAACUUGAGAGGUUAUUAGAGAAGCCAAAUUCACACAAGUUCUACUGCCCUAAUUGUAAUGCAUGCAUUGAAAAGAUUAUUCUUCUUAGGAGAGAACAGGAGAGGCUUCUUGCAGCUGUAAACAACCUUGAACGUAGUGAGCCCAUUGAGACGACAUUCACAUGCACAUCAUGCUACACCUUUCUUGUUUUCAUAGGGAAUCAACUCAUCUCUAUUUUUACCCCUAGAAGGAAAGAGCCAAAAGGCAUACUUACUUCAUGUGCCGAUGUAGGAAGUGAGAGGUCCCGCACAGAAGGAAGUGAUGUUGAAGCUUUGGUUCCAUCACGAAGUUUGGACAUAUCAUUGCCUGAUCAAAGUUAUCAGCCUCCAUCUAUUCAAAAAGCUUCAUUGCCUGUCCUUCCAUUGGACAAUGGAGGACUUGCUAAUAAUUUGACCCCUACCCUCGAAGAAGUCAAAGAAGAUAUUGUGGAAGGAUCCUCACUGCCUCGAGGUAUGGCAAUUGAUGUCAGAGAGAUAUCAGAAAAUGCAACAAGAAAUAAGGCAGGAGAUGAUCAGAGACAAUAUGUGGAAGAGAAUGGUGUUACAACAAAAGAUCCAUUGCAUGACUUGAAUGGAACGCUAUUUGAUCAAAAUGGAUCUUCACUCACCAAAGAAGUGAAAAUUGAUAUUAGAGAAAAAGUAGAUGAUGCAAUGGAAAUGAACAAUGAAGAUGAAAAUAACAUACAAGAGGCUGCAUUUCACAAAGAAUCCAUAAUUGAAAUUGGAGAGAGUGGCAAACAAGAAGAAACAUUUCAUGAAGGAUAUGCAGAUGAAACUAAAGGAAAAGGUCCACUUGAGCCAAGAUUUUCUCAGGCUGCACGAAGUGUUAGUGUUUCAGAAACACAUAUAGCACCAAAGAGUGCUAACAAAUGGGGUGUUGUAAAAGGCGUUGUGUAUGGUGGCUUAACAGAAUCAAGUAAAGGCCCAGGAGUUGUUACAUCUGAUAUUGCAUCAGGGUCAAUGGAACCAGGAGAUUUUCAUACUGCGCAAGAUGUUACUGGUUCAGAAACAAUUACAAUUACUGAAACAGAAAAUGCUAAAAAGUGGGGUAUUCUAAAAGGCAUUGUGAAUGUUGGCUUGACAAAAUCAAUCACAAGCCCAAGUGUUGCACCAUCUCCAGUUGAGGCCAUAGGGUCAAUGGGACCAGGAGAUUUUCAGAAUGCACAAGAUGUUACUGGUUCAGAAACAAUUACAAUUACUGAAACAGAAAAUGCUAAAAAGUGGGGUAUUCUAAAAGGCAUUGUGAAUGUUGGCUUGACAAAAUCAAUUACAAGCCCAAGCAUUGUGCCAUCUCCGGUUGAGGCCAUAGGGUCAGAUGAACCACUAGCUUCUCCAAUCACACAAGUUAUUCCUGUUCCAGGAGCACCUACAAUUUCUGGACCAGAAAAUUCUAAGAAAUGGGAAAUCUUAAAAAGCAUUGUGUAUGGUGGUUUAAUAGAAUCAAUUACAAGCCUGAGCAUUGUAACAUCUGCAGCCGGUGCUGAUGCUACCACAUUGAACAUUUUAGCUUUGGGAUUGGCGAAUUUGAUUGGUGGACUUUUUGUGAUUGGUCAUAAUCUUAUGGAACUGAGAAAUGAUCAAUCUAGAGAGUCCACUAGUCAAACAAGCAAAGAAAUGGAUCGUUAUUACCGACAACUGGGUCAGAGAGAGAAUUUCAAACUUCAUGCAACAGUGGUUGUGUUAUCAUUUCUCCUUUUUGGCUUAGUGGCUCCUGUGACUUAUGGCUUCUCAUUUCUUAAGAGUGGCAACAAGGAUAUGAAGCUUGUAGCAGUUGCAGCAGCUUCUCUAUUAUGCAUCACUAUGCUUGCUAUUGGAAAGGCUUACAUCCAAAAGGCAUCCAAUUUUUAUGGGUACAUCAAAACCAUACUUUAUUAUGUUAUUGCUGGGUUUAUGGCAUCAGGUGUUUCUUAUGUAGUUGGUGAUCUAAUCAAGAAGCUCCUUGAGAAGCUGGGUUUGUUUGAGUCAAGUGCAGCUUCCACUCUGUCCCUUCCUGGGACUGCACUGGCAAAAUCUGGAUGGGGAUCCUACUGAUGAAAUCCCAUGACUAUGUAGUUGGCCUUGGUAGUAGGUGGAGUAUAUUGAAGUGCUGCAAGUUGACUGUCAAAUCUAGAGGAUCCAACCAAUAAUUGCGACUGACUUACAGUAGUUUCUUCUCAGAUUCCACUUGCUUUUCACUUGGCUUAUUGUAAGACAUAUUUGCUGCCUUGCAAUUUUGGUAUGUUAGUAGAAUUGCUUUAGCUUCUUUAUUUACCAUCUUAUUAGCUAACAGAGACUAAAUUGUACCUGUCCUCCCAGAGACAGGUGUAAACUCACCCCCCUUUUUUGUUAAAACUUUUACCUGGGACCUGUUUGAUGGUCUCUUAAGGUUAGAGAAAUUCAAUUUUGACAUAUAACUGAUAACCAAUUUACCAUUUUGGCUUUUUGACAUAUGCUUACA